AUUCUAAUUUAUAAGUAAUAAUUUAUUAUAGCUACAUAAAAAUCAUUGAACUGUUGCUUUAAAGCCGCAUAUCUCUAGAGUAUCCGUUGGACUGAAACAAAACAAUGGAUGAAAACACGGAACAUGUUGAAACUUCCGCAGAAACCGCGUUUAAAAAGCCUGUGCUUUUCGGCCGCAUUGGAAAAUUGCCUAAAAAGGCUAAGACUGAACCUGAGAAGGUUCCCCCAUCCGAACAGAAGUCUGAGACGCCCAGCAAACCUGAAUCUAGCGCAAAAAGUAACCUACCGCCGGCGGUUUUACUGAAAGAGAUUUCUACUCCUAUACCGUAUAAAGAGCCUAAAUGGUCUGGUCUUUGCCCUGAUGGUUCCGAGUAUGCCCUGGAGGUCAUAAAGUCGGGUAUGAUAGUGGACAAAGUGCCACUCACGCAGCAACCAUACUAUGUGUUCGGGCGCCUCGCCAACUGUGAUGUCGUCAUGGCACAUCCUACUAUAUCCAGACAUCACGCAGUCCUCCAAUACAAAGCCUUCGCUGAGACUGACGAGCCACCUUCCGGCUGGUACCUCUAUGACCUCGGCAGCACCCAUGGGACACAUCUCAACCGGGACCGACUUAAGCCGAACCACUAUACCAGAGUCCGCGUGGGGCAUCAGAUCAAGUUCGGGAGCAGCACAAGGACUUAUAUACUUUUGGGCCCAGACUUCGAUUGCGAAGGCGAAUCCGAACUGAGCGUGACAGAGAUAAAGCAACGCGCGCAAAUCAUGAAGCAGGAAAGAGAGAGGAUGAUACAGGAGGCCGUGGAACAGAGGGAGAAGGAUAGAGAGGCAGAGGAGAGAAGGAAGGAAGAACAAGGCAUUGAUUGGGGGAUGGGAGAAGACGCAGAAGAAGAACCCGACCUCUCGGAGAACCCUUACGCGGCCACCAACAACGAGGAACUCUUCCUACAGGACCCUAAAAAGACCCUGCGCGGGUACUACGAGAGGGAGGGACAUGAACUCACCUAUCAUUGCGACGAGAGAGGCGCAGGACAGUUCUUAUGCAGGGUAGAGCUACCUAUAGAGGACGCCCGCGGCCAACCAGUCAUCGCCGAAGUGUUGCACAAGGGAAAGAAGAAGGAGGCGGUUGUGGCAUGCGCCCUUGCGGCAUGCCGCCUGUUGGAUCGUGCUGGGGUACUGCGACAGGCUAGCCAUGAGUCCCGUCGCCGCAAGCGGCGCGACUGGGGCGCCGACGACUACUACGACAGCGACGAGGACACGUUCCUCGACCGCACCGGAGCUGUGGAGCGGAAACGCGACCAGCGACGCGACAAGUACGGCGACAGUAAAGAGGAACCGCUCACUUACGACAAACUGUUGGAGCAAAUCAAAGAUCUAGAAGAGAAGAUAGCCGCAGAACAGAAGACUCUAGAACGACUCAGAGCCGCCAAGAACCAGCCCCAAGAUAUGGAGGACUACAUGCAAGCCAUACCCGGGACCACUAUGGCACAUAAGGCCGAGAUAUCUAAAACUAAGAUGGCCAUAAGUAAACUGCAGACCGAGUUAUCGUCCCGGCGGCGCCUCGCGCAGUUAGCCCGCCCGGCCGCCGCGCCGCCCAUACUCACCAAGACCACGCCGGGACUCAAGACCGCCAACUCUGUCGUCUAUGGGAAGAGAAUACGACUAAAAGACGACAAGAAGCAACUCCCGAAACCGGCUCCGCAAAAACAACAAGAAACAGAAUUCGUUGAAGAAAUGGACUCGGACGAGGACACAGAUAACAAAAUUAGUAAAAAUGUAGAUACAGCUACAGAUGAUAUAGACAAUGCCACAGACACAGAUAAAGCAGAGAUUAAAGAAGCGAAGAGAGUUUUUGGCCCCAUGAGGCCGCCGGACAACUAUGUGGCUCCGGAGAAUUAUUUUGAGCAAGAGUCCGAUAGGGAUAUGCCUGAAAUGACAGAUGAUGUGUAAAUAUAGUUGUAUUGAAUCA